CACACAUUUUGAAACGAGCCGACUGGGUCUAAGUCGCGAGUUAACUCGCGGUGCCAAUCAACGCUCUCAAUAAAAAGCCCUCUUCGCUUCGCUCCGGAUGUACCGUGCGAAUUCUUCUCUCUUCGUUGCGAUUCGCCUCUUCAUCUUGCUCUUCGUCGUUCCCGAAUAAUCGAAGGUUUCUUCUUCACGUUGCUUUCGUGACUGAGAUCGAGGGCGGAGGAGGAGUCGAUCGGGCAACAGGGCGACGCCAAAUUAGCUAUUGUUUCUUAGACGGGGCGGCUGCGUCCCGAGAGAAUUCCGUCUCUCGCAGUCGCGGCUGGGUCACAGGUAGCGAGGAUGUCGACACCAGCAAGGAAGAGGCUUAUGAGGGACUUCAAGCGUUUGCAGCAGGACCCUCCUGCAGGUAUCAGUGGUGCUCCUCAUGACAACAACAUCAUGCUAUGGAAUGCUGUAAUAUUUGGCCCGGAUGACACACCUUGGGAUGGAGGAACGUUUAAGUUGACACUUCAAUUUACAGAGGAUUAUCCAAAUAAGCCGCCAACUGUACGAUUUGUUUCUCGAAUGUUUCAUCCUAAUAUUUACGCAGAUGGAAGUAUAUGCUUGGAUAUUUUGCAGAACCAAUGGAGCCCAAUAUAUGAUGUAGCUGCCAUUCUUACUUCUAUCCAGUCUUUGCUCUGUGAUCCUAAUCCCAACUCGCCUGCAAAUUCUGAGGCUGCACGGAUGUUCAGUGAGAACAAGCGUGAGUACAACAGAAAACUGCGUGAGAUCGUCGAACAGAGCUGGACAGCGGAUUAAUGACAGAGUGCAUCACACACACGGGGAGAGAAAUGGUGCUUGCUUUAUCCUGCAGUUGUAUGUUGCUGUCUCUAGUAAAAUGGUUUGCCUUUGUGCCUGAAACAUUGUAAUCCAACACGAACCAUCCAUUCGGUUUCUUUUGCUUGCUGUUGACUUACUCAUAUCUAGCUUGCUUCUAAUCAUACACAUUUUCA